CCCGCACUCCCUUCAAAGGAACCCGGCAUAUAUUAACCCGGGUGAAUUUGAACCCACCGCUCUUUUUCCCUUAGCAUGAGCGUCGCUUCUUACGCCUCCCUCACAAUUCAAUCAUGCCCCCGAUCUCUAAACACUCUUCUUGACUGCAACAGACGCUUGAACUUCCUUUCGAAGUCUGGUCGGCUCAGCGAUGCCAGGCGUCUCUUUGAUGAAAUGCCCCACCGAGAUGCCAUCUCUUGGAACACCCUCAUUUCUGCCUACGCCCGCUCCGGCCUCUUUCCCGACGCUCUUCAUCUUUUCCACAGCUGCCCUCAUCUUCACUCCUCCUCAAUCCCCUGGUCUUCCCUCAUCUCCGGCUUUUCACGGCACGGCCGUGCUGCUGAUGCCCUACUCCUCUUCCGCAGCAUGCUUGCGGCCGGCAUCCGCCCCGAUCCCUAUUCUCUGGGCGCCUCGCUUCGUGCGUGCUCCACUCUCCCUUCCAUCAUCGUAGGUCUUCUCGGCCAUGCUCUCGCGAUCAAGUCCUCCCUCGACGCCGAUUCCUUUAUAGCCGCCGCCCUAGUGGACAUGUAUUCCAAAUGCGGCGAAUCUGCCAUUGCAGGCGCGGUCUUCGCUUCCGUUCCAAUAGAGCAUCUGACCAACCGGGUUCUCUGGACCGCUGUCAUCUCAGCCCGUGUAAAUAAUGGCGACCACUUCAUUGCGAUGGACUGCUUUCGCCUAAUGCGAGCUAAGGAUAUGUAUCCAAACCAAUUUACUCUUCCGAGCGUCCUCUCGGCAUGUGCUUCUGAACUUGCUCUUGGGUUCGGUCAGCAGAUCCAUGCCGUGGCGAUUCAUACAGGGCUCGACACUAACCAGUUCAUCCAGAGCUCGCUGGUGAGCUUAUACGCCAAGUGCUCCUACAUCUCUGAUGCAAAGAUGAUUCUUGAGUCGGCGGAGCACGAUGACCCGGUAUCGUGGAACAGUCUCAUAGUAGCAUGCUCCCGCGCGGCGAUCCACGAGGUCGUACUCUUCCUCUUCCUUCAAAUGCGCCAAAGAGAUAUCAAACUAGACGAGUUCACACACCCCUCAGCGCUCAAUUCCGUUGCUUCUGUUGGACAUCUAUGCAAUGGAUGCGCUCUCCAUUGCUUGAUCUUGAAGACGGGCUUCACCAACCAUCAGCAUGUUGGCAACGCCCUCAUCGAUAUGUACGCCAAGUGUGGGCGACCAAAGAUCGCCCUCGAGAUGUUCGAGGAUUUGCCGCACAAGGAUAUUGUUGGAUGGACUGCGCUGUAUAAUGGCUAUGCUCGCCACAUCUCUCACGAGUCAGCGCUCCAGCUCUAUUGCUUGACGCGAGCUGCCAGGGUCAGGCCGGAUGAGUUCAUUCUCUCCGGUGUGCUCAGUUCUUGCGGCGAACUCACUCUUCUUGAACUGGGUACACAGGCUCAUGCGCUAGCAAUCCAACUGAGUCUUGAAUCAUUCCGUUCGGUUGGCAAUGCCCUUGUUACAAUGUAUGCUAAGAGCGGGUGUGCCGAUGAAGCGCGUGUGGUGUUUGACUCAAUGAGCUGGCGAGAUGCAAUUACGUGGACAGCUAUUAUCAUGGGGUAUGCUCGCAAUGGUCGAGGCUGCGAGUCUCUCCCGCUCUUCGACUGCAUGGUUCGAGAAGGGGCUCGACCAGACUAUGUGACCUUUAUUGGUCUUUUGUUCGCUUGUAGCCAUAGCGGUUUGGUGUGGAUCGGUCGGACAUACUUUGAGUCAAUGGAGCAGGUCUAUGGGGUAUCCCCUGGACCUGAGCACUAUGCGUGCAUGGUGGAUUUGUUAGGUCGGACUGGUCGAUUUAGCGAGGCGAUAGAGCUAUUGUGUCAGGCAGGUCAAGCUGCUGAUUUGACUGUGUGGAAGGCAUUGCUAGCGACAAGUGCAAUGCAUCGCAACAUUGAUGUGGCAGAGUGGGCGGCGAAGCAGGUGCUACGAUUGGAUCCAAAUGAUGCAGCAUCAUAUGUGAUGCUAUCAAACAUGUACUCUUGGGCUGGUCAAUGGGCAAAGGCGGCCCAAAUGAGGGGGAUGAUGCGUGCAAAUAGGGUGUAUAAGGAACCCGGCUGUAGUUGGAUGGAGGAAGAGGGGAAAGUAUACGUGUUCCACGCAGAGGACAAAGGUCAUCCGAGGGCGACGGAGAUAUACGAGAAAGUUAGGGAGAUGCUAGAGCGAGUGCGAGCUGAGGGGUAUGUGGUUGACACAAAGUGGGCUCUACAAGAUGUGACAAGAGAGGAGAAAGAGAGGGGGCUAGCGCACCACAGUGAGAAGCUCGCAGUGGCGUUUGGGUUGAUGAGCAACCCUAUAUGUAAGCCCAUACGAGUUUAUAAGAAUUUGAGGAUUUGUGGGGAUUGCCAUAGCGUCUUGAAACUGGUUGCUAAGGUGUAUGAAAGAGUGAUUGUGUUGAGGGAUCUCAAUUGCUUCCAUCACUUUAUUGGGGGGAAUUGCUCAUGUUCUGAUUUCUGGUAGUAUUAGGCGAGAAAAUUUAUUGAAGGAUCUCAACUGAUUGUGAGCUUAUAAAAUUGAUCGUAUUGGCUCACACUAUUCUAUAUCAUCAAAUCAGAAAAGUUGCUAAGACUGAACAUGAGCAAAAUAUAUGAAUUGGUCAGACAAGAUAGAAGACCAUGUUGUCGUUGUACGAUAUUUAUUUUAUUUAGAUUACAUUUAUGAUUUUUUUUCUAA